CGAGAACUGAUUCGGUAGCGGAUCUUUGGAUUUCUCACUCUCCUCCUACCUACGCCUCGCCCUUUUCCCUGUCACAACUUUCACUGUCUGAUUGUUUUCAGGAUUAGAGAUCUAUAGAACUACUGUUGAUUUGAUAUUGAAGCCGUCGAACAGAUUUUCUUAUCUUUUUUUUGAACAGUUGCUUAGCCUGCAGAUACUCACUUUGCAUGAGCACCCUUACGUCAACAUCAUCAACCUAUUUCCAGGUAGCUAGAUACUUUUAGCCGCCUUGUAUUCAAGUUUUGAUAAAUGUAGGGUAAGUACUACUAGACGGAGUAUGUUAGGUCAAGUGGGCGGUUUGUAGUAUCCACCGCAAUCCAUUACUGGGUGGUUACCAGGUAUUCAUCUUCUAGCACAUCUCCUUCCUGCAACUAAGAGGUCAAGAUGUACUACGCAACACCGAAGGGGCCGCCGAAUCCGGCCCCGCCUCUAUGGCGUGCAAAUGUCACAGAACAGGUGAGAUGGCAGAAGGAGUGGCAUGGCAUGAUGGAUCGAAUUCGGCAUAUGGACUCGCAUAUCGACAACGCAGCGCCACACUCUUGUGAUGGUAUUGUACUACACACCGCCACAUUCGUGUGAUGGUAUUGUUGACGUAGUUUUGAAUGAUGGACUAUGAGUCUUUUGUUAUAAUCAAUUUGUGAUUUUCUUGCAAAGAUAUGGACGACCACCAACAUGCAUUGUACGACGUUCCAUUUCUCGGUUCCAUUUCUAGUUGCAAGUCUUCAUGUCAACAUCUCCAUUCCAACACAGGUACAAACAAGAGGAUGAUGGAGAUGGCUAGGAAACACCGAGUCUCCGAACAAAAUCGUGUGUUGGGCAGGGAGAACAAGCGGAUUAUCGACAGAAUAGUCUCGAUUCGUAACGGAGAAGGCUAUCUGCCACCACAAGGUAAGAAUUUUCACUUGUUGUUUCGUCUUAUAUCUUGGAACAUUUUUUUGGAACAUCCAUGAUUGCCGGUGAAAACGUUCCGCUUGCCACAUGCUGGGCAGUUUGUUACGGUUUUGAUAGACGAUGAAAAUAUAGUCAACCACAAGGAGGGGGACAAGCAUGAUCCUAACCAACCCUAACCUGUAGGUAAACCCGGAGAGAUGAUGCACCGCGCACGGUCACCGGAUGCUAAGGCGCAGGGCGCACGAAGGAUGGAAGCGCGCAGAAUCUAUAUGGAGAAUGAGCUCCUCGCGAAGCGGUUAACGACGGUGCAGACAACACGUGAAAUCCGACGUGAGAUUCAGCAGCAGGACUACAUGCGAUCGAGGAGCUACGUUAGCAGUGGGUAACAAUACUUGGGGAUCUUUUUGACAUCGAUAAAUUACAGAUCAUUUUCAGCCUGAUUUUACUGACUAUGUGUAACGCAAAGAAGUAAGGUUUGAGCAUUUAAGAACAACUACUCGAAACAUGUAGUUGAUUCAGUAACCAUCCUCUUUGCACUAAUUCUCUACUGACACCUCAUUCUCCAACAUUCAGCAUCAAGAAAGUUGUACCUUAUCGAGCACAUAAGUUGCCACCGGUGAAACGGAAAGAACCUAUCGUCAACCUCAUGGAUGAGAUGGAAGACGAGACGCCAGAAGAGGCAAUGACUAGAGCAAAGACUGUUGAUGUCCUGGUCUCAAAGAAGAAUGUUGAGAAAGCUGGUAUAAUUUUUGAAGAAUACAACUCAAACUAAUCAGCGUCUCCUUUUUUUCUGUCUACAGCAAGGAAGAAAUAUUAUCGUACAACUGAACGAGAGCUCUUGAUUCUCUGCGCUUCUCUUUCAUACAAUUUACUCAUAUUAACCGUCGGAUUUCACAUUCAAAUCGCCCUCAUCAACACCAGCGCCGAAGCCAGCUGCAAAGAGACGUCCUGUGGCUGCAGGACCAGCUGGAUCCGCCAUGAGGAAACCGACGAGCGAGAGUGCUGAUGCCUCAGAGAAACCAGCUACGACUGUGAAGGUACUAUUUGUAUGUUUUGAUGCAACCUAGUCAGAGUAAAUUGCACCGGUUGUUGUACUUCUAGAUUUUUAGGGUGAACCAGUUCUGUGCUCUUUACAAACAAUAGUCUAUGAAAAUCCUGACUCUAUUAACCUGAGAAAUACAAACCCAAUCUAAAAUUUAACUAGAAAACGCAACAAUUUCCUCACCCACUCGUCCAGGCUCCCGACGCUGCGGCUAUUAUGGUCGAUUCCGUUGUUGCGGACGUGAUGGAACAAAUUACAGAUCCAGUCACCGUCAAUGUGUCAGAGGAAGAAGAUCCUGCCAAGGGUCUAGCGAAAAUCGAGACUGAAGUAUCUCGAUCUCCAACAUCAGGUGACAUUCGGUUUGCUGAAGCCAUGGUCGAGGAAGAGGUUGCUGUUCCGGAGACAGAGCCUCCUGUGGUGGAGGAAACUCUAGCAGAAGUGGUUGUUAUGGAUAACGAUCUAGUACAAGUGGUCUCGUCUAGUGCUUGCUGGGAAUGACUAUUGAUAAUUUUUUGCGUUUCUGAGAAUUUCUUUCCUACGAUCCUUCUAAUGCUGCAUCAGAACCAGAGGCAGCACCAGUGGUCGAGGAAGCAGCUCCUGUCGCGGAGGAACCAGUCGAAGAGCCGGUCGGAGAGAAGAAAGAAGAAGUCGCUGAGGAAGUGGUGACGGAAGAGGUUGCUGCUCCAUUAGUUGCGGAGGCAGAAUUAAGGCUAGAGAUAAUCCAUCUUUGAGAGUAUUCCUGAAAAGUAUGAGGGAGUAUUCUCGGGCAAUACUCGCCCAUACUUUUCAAGGAUACAGCAGAAAGAUGAAUUGCGGACAGCUCUAACAGAAGCAGCAGAGGUAGUGGAAGACACUGCUGCUGUAGUAGUUGCGGAGGCAGAAGCAGCAGAGGUAGUGGAAGAAACUGCUGCUCCAGUAGAAACAAGUCCUGUUGCAGAGGAGGCACCUCUAGAAGUUGUAACAGAGGAACCUGCUCCGGCUGAGGCUGCAGCCGAGGAACCUGCUCCUGCUGAGACGGUUCCUGUUGAGGCCAUUCCUGCUGAAGUAGCAGCUGUGGAAGUGACGGAAGAGGUAAUCGUUGAGAGCAAAACAGAAGAAGAAGUGGUAGAGAAUCCAACUAGCGCGGUUUUAGAAGAGGUAGUCGCAUCAGCGGAAGUCACUGAAGAACAAGCUGCUGUUGAACAAGUCACUGAUGCGGUAGUAGAAACAACUGACGCUGGUGCUGUCGUAGAAGAAGCACCCGCUAAAGAAGAGCUAGCUGUUGUGGAGAGUACUGAUGUUGCUGCAGCAGCGCCGGCAGAAGCGGAGGAGGCAGUCCCUGCAGCGGCAGAAAAAGAGGUAGCCGCACCAGUUGUCGAGGAAACUCCAGUCGUAGAAGAGACAGCGCCAGCAGCGGAGGAGACUACUGUAGCAGCAGCAGAAGAGCCUGCAGCUGUAAUAGAGGAGAGUGCUGCAGCUGCUGAAGCAGCGGCGGAAGCGGAAGCUCCAACCGUGACUGCUGAAGAAGAGGCUGCUCCAGCAGCUGCGCCUGAGCCGGUUGCGGAGGCCGAGGAGGUCACGCAGCCUGCUGCGGAAGCGGCAGCGGAAGAGGCUGCCCCAGCUGCGGAGGCUGCAGCUGAAGAGACAGCUCCGGUCGCUGAGACAGUAACUGCAGCUGCGGAAGCUGAAGCGGCGCCUGCUGCUACUGGGACUACUCCGGAUGCGGAAGCUGAAGCAGCUCCUGCUGCCGCGGAGACGGAAGCAGCGCCGGCCACAGAGGAAGCACCUGCGGCGGAAGCUGCUCCUGCUGCUACCGCUGAGGAAACUCAAGAAGCUCCUGCAGUUGAAGAGAAGGCUGCCGAGGCAUGAAGGUGGAGACUCGUGGAAGGGUAUUUCUGAGUCAACGUUUCUAUGGAAGAUUUUAAUCGAAUCGAUAGAAAAGCAAGAAGUACGCUAUUAAGGUCCUCGAAAUUCAUCAAAUCUUAGUGAACAUCAUCAAGUAGAAAUUUCUUAGUCAUUACAUUCACAUCGCGUUUAGCUAAAAUGAUCAAUCUUACUUACAUACUUUCUGUUACGUGCUUGGUUACAAUCGAUAGUCCGUCUGUUCAUUACUAAAUUUCCUUACCACAUAAGAAGGUACGAAAACGCUAUAACUAUAACAUUCUGUAACGUUAGAAAGAUGCAUACGCACCAGCAUACUAGUUAUUGCAAGAAAAUGAAUAGAGACCAACAUGGUUGAGACCACAUCGUUGUUUUGAUUUCGUAGGCGUUGAGCUGUAGAGAUGAUAGAAUUAGCUAGAAUUUAACAAGAUACUGAAGCAGUUGCCGAAUUGACAAGUUCAAGUGUUAUACAACAAGAUCGCUCUGUACUGUACUUAAUUACACAAUGCCUGUUCAUGAAUAAUGAACCGAGUUGUAUUGCUACACAAAAAAAAUGUUGAUAGAAUUGCGUUUCAGUCGACAAAGAUAAAUAUGUGCGCUAAAAGAAAGGGAAACUGUACACUUCGUUUGUGCUAGUAGCUAGUGAUCACUGUAUAAAUAUGAAAAAGUCAUACAGGAGGAAUCUGUCGUGCACAACCAAGCAUGUGCAUGAUGCCGAGUGCUCCCUCGCAUUCUAAUGCGUCCGAGGUCAAUGUUAUUUCCUGGGCAAAGAGCAGUGAUAGUGUUCCAACAGAACCUGUCGGUCGAAAAAUUUCUUAGCUCAUUUCUACUUGCGAAAACGUACCAGUUUUCGAUACGGGU